AUGACCCUGACACGAGGCUCCUUCAGCUACUCCAAUGGCGAGGAGUAUCACGGCGAAUGGAAAGAAGGUCUGCGUCAUGGCCUGGGUCAGCUGACCUUCAGCGACGGGACGUGCUACACCGGACAGUUUGAGAACGGCCUCUUCAAUGGCUGUGGGGUGCUGGUCUUCCCCGAUGGCUCCAGGUACGAAGGUGAAUUUGUUCAGGGCAAAUUUCAAGGCGCCGGCGUCUUCACUCGCUUCGAUGGCAUGAGGUUCGAGGGCGAGUUUAAAAACGGAUGUGUAGAUGGCUACGGGGUGUUGACGUUUACGGACGGAGGCCCAGGCGGCGGCGGCAGCCACGAGGGCCUGUUUGAGACCAGCCAGCUCAUGAGGAGGGAGAACAGCCAGGGAGCCGUGCAGAGAGCGCAGGCAGCAGCCGCCAAGGCCCGAGCUCUGGCCAUGUGA